CAGCCUGGCUGCACCCUUGCCCUGCUCAGGUUGCUGCUAUUGCUCCAUCUAAACAGCGGGACACACGAUGACGAGAGUUCAGCACAAGAUGUGGUACUGGCUGUUUCCAAGUUUUCUGGCAAUUGCUUAUUUCAGCACCAUGGUCCAGAGUCAAGUGGCUCCACCCACCAGAUUAAGAUAUAAUGUGUUGUCGCAUGACAGUAUACAGAUUUCCUGGAAGGCUCCCAAAGGGAAGUUUAAUGGAUACAAACUUCUCGUGACUCCAGCUUCAGGUGGAAAAACCAGCCAAUUGAAUCUCCAGCACACUGCAACGAAAGCAAUUAUUCAAGGUCUCAUGCCAGACCAGAAUUACACAGUUCAACUUAUUGUGUACACGAAAGACAGAGAGAGCAAACCGGCCCAAGGCCAAUUCAGAAUUAAAGAUUUAGAAAAAAGAAAGGACACCAAGCCCAGAGUCAAGGUUGUGGACAAAGGAAAUGGGACGAGACCAUCGGUUCCAGAAGAAGUGAAAUUUGUCUGCGAAACCCCAGCCAUUGCGGAUAUUGUCAUCCUGGUCGAUGGCUCGUGGAGUAUUGGAAGAUUCAAUUUCCGACUGGUGCGGCUUUUCCUGGAAAACCUGGUCACCGCUUUCAAUGUGGAUGCUGAGAAGACGCGGAUCGGCCUUGCACAGUAUAGCGGUGACCCCAGAAUUGAAUGGCACUUGAAUGAUUUCAGCACCAAGGAUGAGGUGAUCGAAGCUGUCCGAAAUCUACCUUACAAGGGGGGGAACACUCUGACAGGUCUUGCCUUGAACUAUAUUUUUGAAAACAGUUUUAAGCCAGAAGCAGGAGCAAGGACUGGAGUCUCCAAAAUUGGCAUUUUAAUCACUGAUGGAAAAUCCCAAGAUGAUAUUAUCCCCCCAUCCAGAAACCUUCGCGAGUCUGGUGUAGAGCUGUUUGCCAUAGGGGUGAAGAACGCGGACCUGAGUGAGCUGCAGGAGAUCGCCUCCGAACCCGACAGCACGCACGUGUACAACGUGGCCGAGUUUGAUCUGAUGCACACCGUGGUGGAGAGCCUGACCAGGACCGUCUGCUCCCGAGUGGAAGAGCAGGCCGAGGAAAUCAAAGCCUCAGCCCUCAUCACCACUGGCCCACCUACGGAAUUGAUUAUUUCUGAAGUCACUGCUAGAAGCUUUAUGGUGAACUGGACUCAUGCCCCAGGAAACGUGGAAAAAUACAGAGUUGUGUAUUAUCCGACAAGGGGUGGAAAGCCGGAGGAGGUGGUGGUGGAUGGUCAUGAAUCUUCCACAGUGCUGAAGAGCCUGAUGUCUUUGACUGAAUAUCAGAUAGCGGUCUUCGCAAUAUAUUCCCACACCGCUAGUGAAGGCCUCCGUGGAAGUGAAACUACACUUGCUUUACCCAUGGCUGCCGACCUGGAGUUGUAUGAUGUGACCGAGAACAGCCUCCGGGUCAAGUGGAACCCGGUCGUGGGGGCAUCGGGGUAUCUUAUCCUCUAUGCACCUCUCACUGAGGGGCUGGCUGGGGAUGAAAAAGAGAUGAAAAUUGGAGAAACCCACAGCGAUAUUGAAUUGCGUGGGUUGUUGCCCAACACAGAGUACACCGUCACUGUUUAUGCCAUGUUUGGAGAGGAGGCCAGUGAUCCAGUUACAGGACAAGAAACCACAUUGCCUUUAACACCACCAAGAAACCUGAGGAUCUCCAAUGUCGGCUCAAAUAGUGCUCGGUUAAGUUGGGACCCCAUGUCAAGGAAGGUCAGCGGUUACCGGAUUGUAUAUAACAAUGCUGAUGGGACAGAAAUCAACGAGGUUGAAGUCGACCCUGUUACUACAUUUCCUCUGAAGGGCUUGACCCCCCUCACAGAGUACACCAUUGCCAUCUUCUCCAUCUAUGACGAAGGACAGUCGGAGCCCCUGACUGGCAUUUUUACCACCGAGGACGUUCCAGCCCAGCAGUACUUGGAAAUUGAUGAGGUGACAACAGACAGUUUCCGAGUGACCUGGCAUCCCCUGUCUGCUGACGAGGGGCAGCACAAGUUGAUGUGGAUUCCCAUCUACGGGGGCAACACCGAAGAGGUUCUCCUGAAAGAAGACCAAGAUUCACAUGUUAUUGAAGGCCUGGAACCUGGCACAGAAUAUGAAGUUUCCCUCCUGGCUGUACUGGAUGAUGGAAGCGAGAGUGAGGUGGUGACUGCUGUUGGCACUACACUUGACAGUGUCUGGACAGAACCAGCCACGGACGUACCACCGACCUCACCUGUGACUUCAGUUUUCCGGACAGGAAUCAGAAACCUGGUGGUAGAUGAUGAAACCACUUCCAGCCUGCGGGUAAAAUGGGACAUUUCAGACAGCAGUGUGCAGCAGUUCAGGGUGACCUAUCUGACUGCUCAAGGGGACCCUGCGGAAGAAGUGGUAGGAACGGUUAUGGUGCCUGGACGUCAGAAUCAUCUCCUUCUGAGGGCUCUGCUUUCGGACACGGAAUACAAAGUCACAGUGACUCCCAUCUACACGGAUGGUGACGGUGUGAGCGUCUCCGCCCCCGGGAAAACCUUUCCUGGGCCAACCCUGGAAACGUUCGUGGGAGCCGACAUCAACACCAUUCUUAUCACAAAUCUCCUCAGUGGGAUGGACUACAACGUGAAAGUAUUUGCCUCCCAGGCCUCAGGCUUCAGUGAUGCUCUGACAGGCGUGGUGAAAACCUUGUCCCUGGACGUGACCAAUCUCCAAGCUGGCCAGAUUGAAAUGACCAGCAUGUGUGCCCAUUGGCAAUUGCACCGACACGCCACAGCCUACAGGGUAGUUUUAGAAUCCCUUCAAGAUACACAAAAGCAAGAAUCCACUGUGAGUGGAGGGACAACCAGGUAUUGCUUCUAUCAACUUCAGCCAGAUUCAGAAUAUAAAAUCAGCGUUUAUACAAAACUGCAGGAGCUUGAGGGACCCGGUGUGAGCAUCGUGGAAAAAACACAACCACUUCCCACUCAACCACCGACUUUCCCUCCAACGAUUCCACCAGCAAAAGAAGUAUGUAAAGCAGCCAAGGCAGACCUGGUGUUUAUGGUGGAUGGAUCCUGGAGCAUCGGAGACGAUAAUUUCAAUAAGAUCACAGACUUUCUGUAUAGUACUGUUGGAGCGCUGGACAAAAUUGGUGCCGAUGGAACUCAAGUGGCAAUGGUUCAGUUUACUGAUGAUCCCCGGACAGAAUUUAAGCUAGACGCUUACAAAACCAAAGAAUCUCUUCUGGAUGCAAUUAAACAUGUUUCAUACAAGGGCGGGAAUACCAAAACAGGAAAAGCCAUUAAGCACGUUCGAGAUACUUUAUUUACUGCUGAAUCGGGCACCAGGAGAGGUAUUCCAAAGGUGAUCGUGGUCAUCACUGAUGGGAGGUCCCAGGAUGAUGUGAACAAAAUCUCCAGGGAGAUGCAAUCAGAUGGCUUCAGCAUCUUUGCAAUUGGUGUGGCGGACGCAGAUUACGCAGAGCUGGUUAGCAUUGGCAGUAAGCCCAGCACCCGUCACGUCUUCUUUGUGGACGACUUUGAUGCCUUUAAGAAAAUUGAAGAUGAAUUGAUUACUUUUGUCUGUGAAACCGCAUCAGCAACCUGCCCGCUAGUGCAUAAAGAUGGUGUUGAUCAUGCAGGAUUUAAGAUGAUGGACAUGUUUGGUUUAGUUGAAAAGGAUUUUGCAUCAGUGGAAGGAGUAUCUAUGGAGCCUGGCACCUUCAAUGUGUACCCAUGUUACCAGCUGCGUAAAGAUGCUCUGGUUUCUCAGCCAACCAAGUACUUGCACCCAGAAGGAUUGCCCUCUGACUACACCAUCAGUUUUCUCUUCCGGAUUCUUCCUGACACGCCGGAGGAACCAUUUGCUCUUUGGGAGAUUUUGAAUAAAAAUUCCGACCCACUGGUUGGGGUGAUUCUAGACAAUGGUGGGAAAACCUUAACAUAUUUCAACUAUGACUACACUGGAGAGUUUCAAACGGUUACUUUUGAAGGACCAGAAAUUAAAAAAAUUUUCUAUGGAAGCUUUCACAAGCUACAUGUUGUUGUCAGCAAGACUUUGGCCAAAGUGGUUAUUGACUGCAAGCAAGUGGGCGAGAAAGCAAUAAACGCAUCGGCCAAUAUCACGUCGGAUGGUGUGGAAGUUCUGGGGAGAAUGGUUCGAUCGAUAGACCCGGAUGGAAACUCGGUUCCAUUCCAGUUACAGAUGUUCGAUAUUGUUUGUUCCACAUUAUGGGCCAAUAAAGACAAAUGCUGUGAACUUCCAGGCCUGAGAGAUGAAGAGACUUGCCCUGAACUUCCACACUCCUGCUCCUGCUCAGAAGGCAGCACCAAGGCUCUGGGACCAGCAGGCCCACCAGGUGGCCCAGGACUCCGAGGACCAAAGGGUCAACAAGGCGAACAGGGUCCAAAGGGACCAGAGGGGCCUCGAGGUGAAACAGGCCCGUUGGGACCUCAGGGUCCUCCUGGACCCCAAGGACCAAGCGGUCUCUCCAUUCAAGGAAUGCCUGGAAUGCCAGGAGAGAAAGGAGAAAAAGGAGAGACUGGUCUUCCUGGACCACAGGGUGUCCCAGGAGGCAUUGGUUUACCAGGACGAGAUGGCUCACCAGGACAGAGGGGCUUUCCCGGAAAGGAAGGGUCCUCCGGCCCUCCCGGCCCACCAGGCCCAAUCGGUAUUCCUGGAGCUCCUGGAGCCCCCGGAGUCUCGGGAAGCGUGGGACCUCGAGGCGCCUUGGGACCACCUGGUGUCCCUGGAUUAAAGGGAGAGAGAGGAGAACGAGGAGAUCUGCAGUCUCAAGCCAUGGUGAGGGCAGUGGCGCGCCAGGUGUGCGAACAGCUCAUCCAGAGUCACAUGGCCCGGUUCACCACCAUCCUGAACCAGAUCCCCAGCCAAUCCUCCUCAAUCCGGACCAUCCAAGGGCCUCCUGGGGAACCUGGGAGACCAGGCACUCCUGGAACCCCUGGUGAACAAGGACCCCCCGGGACCCCAGGCUUCCCCGGGAAUGCAGGCGAGCCUGGGACCCCAGGAGAACGAGGACCUUCAGGGGAGAGUCGACCUGGCAACCCUGGACGCCCUGGCUCCCCGGGACCAAGGGGUCCACCAGGACACCUGGGGGUGCCUGGACCACAAGGUCCUUCUGGCCAGCCUGGAUACUGCGACCCCUCUUCUUGUUCUGCCUAUGGCGUGGGAGAUCUGAUCCCUUACAAUGAUUACCAGCACUGAAGUGGAAAUCUUCCACUCAGCUUUGGCUGUGGAUACAGACCUAUCCUGUUGACCGCCACCACCAAGCCCCUGCCCCUAAAAACGGCCACUUCUCUUCCCUGCCUCACCCGCUUCCCUGCCUGCCCAAUUCCACCUCUCUUAUCCUUUCUGCUUCCAACAUGACGCAGUGAUAAUAUCAAGUCUUCAUCCAAUUCAACAGAACUCACUGCUCCACAUCAGCCUGAGUUAGAUCCCAGCCAUUUAUCCCCAACUCCCCAGUAAUCGAGUUACUUAAAUUCACCUUCUCUUCUUCACCACCCCCACACAAAAUUCCUGGCCACCUUGCUCCCUCAUCACCCUUUCCCCUCACCUCUUAACCCCCCCAUUCUUCCCCUCGCCCCCUCCCUGCUCACGCUCCCAUGAUAAUGAACUUCUAAAAUGCGAUCUCUUUUCAAAUCUUAUUUUUCUUUCCAAAUUUCCUUUGUAAAUAAAAGAUGUAAUAUUUAA